AUGGCAGCUCACCCCACCCUCACCAGCACAUACGGAGCGCGCGCCGGACUCCCCACCACCGGGCCUCUGGCUUCGUAUCUGCUGCGACUGAUGUCCAUCAAGCAGACAAAUCUGUGCUUGUCGGCCGACGUCGAGACUUCUGCCGAACUGAUGCAGCUCGCCGAAGACGUGGGUGACUCGAUCUGCCUGCUCAAGACCCACUGCGACAUCGUCACCGACUGGACCGACCGGACGGCCGCCGCGCUAAGGGAAAUCGCCAAGAGGAAGUCCUUCCUCAUCUUCGAGGACCGCAAGUUUGCCGAUAUUGGUGAAACCGUGCAGAAACAAUACACCUCAGGCCACCACCGCAUCGCGCUCUGGGCUGAGAUCACCAACGCCCAUAUCAUCCCCGGUCCCGCCAUCGUCACCGCACUCGAAAAGGCCGCCGAAUCCACCAUCGCAAAGUACAAUACGGGCGUGCACACCGAGAUCUCCGCCGCUUAUCGCGCCAAGCUGAACGGCGCAGACGACGACGACGACGACGACGACGACGACGACGACGAGAAUGACGAGGUCCCACCCAUGGACGGCGCUCUCGAGUCGCCCAUGCUCAUGGACGACGGCGAGAGGCGCCUCAGUAUCAAGCCCACGGACAGGAAGCAGAGCGUCGUUAGCGUCAGCACUACCAUCUCUACACGCACCGAGAGCAUCUCGCCGAGACCAGAGGCACUCAAUGCCUUGGGCGAGACACUCGACCUCGAUACCGUCAAGCAGCUGGUCCGCCUGGGCGAACCGCCGUUUCUGCGCUCGCUCCUCCUGCUCGCCGAGAUGAGCUCCGCUGGACAUCUCAUGACCCCAGAGUACCGACAGGCUAGCGUUGACAUUGCGCGCUCUCACAGAGACUUUGUCAUGGGCUUUAUCGCGCAGCGAAGCUUGAACACCCAGCCAGAGGAUAACUUCAUCACCAUGACGCCUGGCUGCCAACUGCCGCCGCCAGGCCAGGAAGGCGCGAAGCUUGGAGACAGCCUUGGUCAACAGUACAACACGCCACGGAAACUCAUCUUCGAGUCGGGCUGCGACAUCAUCAUUGUUGGCCGCGGCAUCGUUCGUGCUUCUGACCGCAAGGCCGAAGCGCAACGAUACAGACAAGCCGGGUGGCAGGCCUACGAGGAGAGGAUGGGAAAGAGCCAAUAG